GCUACUAGUCUCUCGUCUGACGUGGCUCGCGGCAAAUGUUCGAUACGUGCGAGGGAAAAUCGCGCGGCGCUCGAGUUACGAGAAUACGCGAGGAAAAGUUCGCGCGAUCGAGGAGGCCGAUUUUCCGCCAAAGUGGAGCGGCUUUUCGAACGGUAGCGGAAACAAAACCCCGGGGUACUCUGGCAUCAUGAACAUCGAUGAGUUUCGCGUGCGUGGCAAGGAGAUGAUCGAGUACAUAUGCGAUUACAUCCGCACGCUGGAGGGCAAGAGAGUAACGGCGAACGUCGAUCCCGGUUAUCUGAGACCCCUGCUGCCGAAAGAGGCACCCCUCAAGCCGGAAUCAUGGGACGCCAUCAUGAGGGACGUCGAUGGCAAAAUAAUGCCCGGAAUCACUCACUGGCAGCACCCGAGAUUCCACGCCUACUUUCCGUCCGGCAACUCGUUUCCCUCGAUCCUGGGUGACCUGUUGUCGGACGCGAUCGGCUGCAUCGGCUUUUCGUGGGCAGCCAGCCCGGCUUGCACCGAGCUUGAGACCAUUGUGUUAGACUGGUAUGCUAAGGCAAUCGACCUGCCGGUCGAGUUCCUGUCGGAGCAGAAGAGCGGCGGCGGUGUGAUCCAGGGGUCAGCCUCCGAGUGCAUCCUGGUGACAAUGCUGGCCGCGCGAACGCAGGCGAUCAAGAUGUUGAAGGAACAGGAACCCAAUAAGGAGGAUUCGGCAUUCCUGCCGAGAUUGGUGGCCUACUGCUCCACAGAAUCGCACUCGUGCGUGGAGAAGGCGGCGAUGAUCAGCCUGGUGAAGCUUCGUGUGCUCGAGCCGGAUGAUAAGGCCGCGUUACGUGGCAAACGGCUCGAAUCCGCCAUCAAAGAAGACGUGGCGAAUGGUUUAGUGCCGUUCUACGUGUCCGCAACUCUUGGUACCACCGGCUCCUGCGCCUUUGACAAUCUCGUAGAGAUUGGGCCGGUGUGUAAGUUGUACCCUAACGUCUGGCUACACGUGGACGGCGCUUACGCCGGUAACGCCUUCAUUUGCCCAGAGAUGAGACCGUUUAUGGCCGGCAUCGAACACGCCGAUUCCUUCAACACGAAUCCCAACAAGUGGUUGCUGGUAAACUUCGAUUGCUCCUGCCUGUGGGUGCGUAAUCGUGUAAAGCUCACGUCAGCGUUGAUCGUCGAUCCGCUCUAUCUUCAACACGCUCGCUCGGGCGAGUCGAUCGACUAUCGUCAUUGGGGUAUCCCGCUCAGCAGGCGAUUUCGAGCAUUGAAGCUCUGGUUCGUUAUGAGAUCGUACGGCAUCAGCGGCUUGCAGAAGUACAUUAGGAAUCAUAUAAGACUGGCCAAGAGAUUUGAGACGCACAUGAAAAAGGACAGGCGUUUUGAGAUCUUGAACGAUGUGCGAGUCGGUUUGGUGUGCUUUCGAUUAAAGGAGAGUGAGGAGAUGAAUCAGGAGCUGCUGGCUAACAUUAAUGCGUCUGGUCGGCUACAUAUGAUACCAGCUCGAGUGAUGGGCAAGUAUAUCUUGCGUUUCUGUGUGACGAAGGAGGAUGCUACCGAGGAGGACAUCGAUUACGCUCUCAGCGUGAUCGAGGAACACGCCACGGAAGUGAUGCUAGCUCACUACGAGGGUACGGAGGAUGAGUACAGGGCGAAGGGUCCGAAGAGUCCAGCCGCUCUCGACAAGAAACUCGUCCGGAAAUUCAGUUUUACCAGGAGCGUUACCAGGGAUGUUUAUAAGAGGUCCAUCUCCAAAUCCAGCCUGCACGACGGUGCAACGCCCAUUAUGGUCGUCGACGACAACUCGCAGGUUGACGCCAUCGACGAUGAUCGUUUUUGCAACAGCAGGUCGUGACGAUGUCGAUGACGGUCCCCGGCGCCGACUCGGGACGACGUAGAUGAGAAUAAAAAGGGUCCUCGCUACACGGCUGUGUGAUGCGGAACUCUGACGGUCCACCGUCGUCAAUUUACUGAAUCCCGAAGUCGCGUUUGUUGAUAAGGACCGACUAAUACUGAUUACGUCGCCACGUAAGUGUUUAGUCAAGUGUUUAUUCGUCCUCGAUGCCAGAACAAUUCGAUUAUGGACGAUGACGAUCGAUCGUAUAUUAUCUUGAGCACGAGUGAUCCUUCGUGGCGACAAAUUGCGUCUAUGGCACAUGAAAUACUGAACCAAAUUUUGUGACAAAGCAUGAGAUUAUUCUUAAGCACAUUUUAGACAGUUUGUAAUUCGUGACAGAAUUCGGCUUAAACAAUUUAAUUACAAACGCACGAUAAUUAUAGUCCAAAAAUAUUCGAUUAGCUUUUUUUAGUAAUAAGCUUUUUUAUUAUAAUAAGCUUUUUUUAUUAUAAU